UUAACAUGCUAAGUUGUUGUGGAGCUGGUUUAAACAUUUUUGGGCUGAUUAGUUAACGUGAAACCUCAUAACACGAAUCAGGUGUGUUGUCUUUUUUGGCUCUAAGCGACAUUCUAGCUAACAAAUUUAGCAAGUGCGGGAUUAAACAGCUUGCUUUUUGUUUGGUUGCUCACAAGUUAGCAACAGUCCUCUUGGGGCAUGGGCCAGCAUACGUUACAUUAUCAGCUCUAGUGUGAAGUCCAAAUGAGGUGAUGCUGCAUGUGGUGCGCCAUCCUCUGCAGAGGACUCUCAUCUCUCUACAAUGGAGGUGUCUGCGCUCCCUCUACUCCACCAAGCCUGUCUCUCUCCAGGGCGAGGACUCCACAGAGACCCGCCUGAACCCCCUUAACAUCCAGAUGCUGUCAAAGAACCUCCAUGACCAGAUCUUUCGAGGGCUGGAACCACAGUACAGAGAGGAGGAUGUGAAGCGCAGCAUUAUGCACCUGCAGAAACAUGAACUGUGGGGGAAGGAAACUUCACUGUUGCCGGAAGUGGAACUGAAGCUUCCCCAAAUGUAUGGCAAAGAUAUUGAUGAGCACUUUCGUAUGUUGGCCCAGAAGCAGAGUCUUCCCUACCUUGAGGCUGCCACCAAGCUGCACCUGGCUGAGCUCCCUCCCAUGCCACAGGAAUGGAGCUGGGAGGUUGGCUGGACACGCUAUGGGCCUAAUGGGGAGAGUCAAAAGGUUCAUUUCCCAGAGGAGUCGGCCCUGGUGUUUGAUGUGGAGGUGUGCAUGACAGAGGGACGGUGUCCCACACUGGCUGUUGCUGUGUCUCCCACUAACUGGUACUCCUGGUGCAGUAAGCGUCUGAUUGAGGAGCGGUACUCCUGGUCAAACCAGUUGACCCUGGCUGACCUCAUUCCCCUGGAGACACCUAGAAACUCUGCCCGCCCGCCAAGAGGUGAUUGGAUGGAGAAGCUCAUUGUAGGCCAUAAUGUCAGUUUUGACCGAUCUUACAUCAAGGAGCAAUACUUACUAAAGGGUUCUAAGGUACGCUUCAUGGACACCAUGAGCCUUCACAUGGCCAUCUCUGGGCUGACGGGGUUCCAGCGCACACUGUGGAUGGCCAAUAAGCUGGGCAAAAAGAGAGGUCUUCAGGAGGUCAAGGCACACAUGAAAAAAACUGAACAGAAAAGAGAUGGGCCAAUGAUUGGCUCCUGGGACUGGGUUAAUAUUAGCAGCAUUAAUAACCUGGCUGAUGUCCAUGCACUGUAUGUGGGAGGGCCGCCGCUGAAGAAAGAGGUCAGAGAGACAUUUGUGAAGGGCAGCAUGACGGAUGUCAGGAGCAACUUUCAGGAGUUAAUGCAGUAUUGCGCCAUGGAUGUCCAGGCCACACAUCAAAUCUUUACAGAGCAGCUUCCGCUCUUCAUGGAGAGGUGUCCUCAUCCAGUGACGUUUGCAGGGAUGUUGGAGAUGGGCGUCAGCUACCUUCCUGUCAAUCAGAACUGGGGGCGUUACCUGGAAGAUUCUCAGGACAUUUAUGAAGAGCUCCAGAGAGAGAUGAAGAAGUCUCUGAUGACUCUAGCGGAUGAUGCAUGCCAGCUGUUGCAGGAUGACAGAUUCAAAGAAGACCCCUGGCUUUGGGAUCUUGAGUGGGACGUGCAGGAGUUCAAGAUAAAGAAAGUAGCAGCCAGCAAGAAGAAACAGGCCAAAAAAGCAUCCGAAACACAAGUUGCUACUCCUCUUCCAGAAUGGGAAGAAGACCCAGGUCCGCCCUCUGAGAAGGAGAUGGCAGGUCCUUGCCCCGGCAGACUGGCUGUGGAGAAGCUGAAGGAAACAGUGAAUCGACUUCCAAAGCGAAGGCAACAUCUGCCUGGACACCCAGGGUGGUAUCGUAAGCUGUGUGAGAAGAUGUCAGAGGACGACAGCUGGUCACCUGGAGCCAGCCUCAUCAGUCUUCAGAUGAGAGUGACUCCUAAGCUGAUGGGUCUGACGUGGGAUGGUUUUCCCCUGCAUUACACAGAGAAACACGGGUGGGGCUAUCUGGUACCUGGACGCAGGGAUAACCUGGUACCUGAGGAGGAAAGUACGGGGCCCGUGUGCCCACACAGAGCUAUUGAGCGCAUUUACAAAGAGUAUUGUGAACAGAACAGCAAAGAGCGGCCUGAAUAUGUGGACUGCAGCCCUUCAGAUGACCUUGUGUGGACAGACAGCACAGUGUGGGAAAAGAUGGAGGAGUUAGGAUCCCUUGAGAGUGUGACCGAGGAAAAUGAAGUCCGAUUAACCAAAAAUGUGGUGAAGAAGAAAAGCGGGUCUCAAGAUUCACAUAUUGUCCCAGAGGAGAGUCAGUGCCAUUAUCACCAUGGAAACGGCCCGUACAACGAUGUCAAUAUCCCAGGGUGCUGGUUUUUCAAAUUACCUCACAAGGAUGGCAAUCACAACAAUGUUGGCAGUCCUUUUUCAAAAGACUUCCUGUCCAAGAUGGAGGACGGUACUCUCAGGGCAGGACACGGUGGCACCAACGCGACACGAGCUCUGGAGAUCAAUAAAAUGAUGUCCUUCUGGAGGAAUGCCCAUAAACGCAUAAACUCUCAGAUGGCGCUGAUGCUGCGAAAGGGAGAGCUUCCUCAUACUGUCAGCAGGUUUGCCGUUAUAUUAAUAGCUUUCCUGUAUUUAUUCUAUAAGGGGAAAGUCAUUGCUGUUUAUAACAACCUUUCUGUCUCCCAAAGACACAAAGAGUUUGAUGAAGAGGGGCAGUAUGGUGCCAUAUUACCUCAGGUUAUCACCGCUGGAACGGUAACGCGUAGGGCUGUGGAGCCAACGUGGCUGACUGCCAGUAAUGCACGGCGGGAUCGUGUAGGCAGUGAGCUGAAGGCCAUGGUGCAGGUACCGCCUGGAUAUCACCUGGUGGGAGCAGAUGUAGACUCUCAAGAGUUGUGGAUUGCUGCUGUGCUGGGAGAGGCUCACUUUGCUGGCAUGCACGGUUGUACAGCGUUUGGCUGGAUGACCCUUCAGGGAAAGAAGAGUCAAGGCACUGACCUGCACAGCCGCACUGCCGACUCUGUGGGCAUCAGCCGGGAGCAUGCCAAGGUGUUCAACUAUGGACGUAUUUACGGUGCGGGACAACCUUUCGCUGAGAGGCUGCUAAUGCAGUUCAACCACCGCCUCAGUCAGGCCGAUGCAGCCAGUAAGGCCAAGCAGAUGUACGCUUUAACAAAGGGCACACGCAGAUACCAGUUGUCAGAGGAGGCUGAGUGGCUGGUCAGUGAGCUGGGUAUUGAAGUGGAGAGGGAGGACUAUGGAAGUGUCACCCUGCAGGAGCUGCGGAGGAUCAGCAAACUGGCGUCACAGUGCUCUCGACGGAAGAAGUGGGAUAUGGUUAGCAAACGUCUGUGGACUGGAGGUACAGAGUCGGACAUGUUCAACAAGCUGGAAAGUAUCGCUCAUUCAGCCCAGCCAGCCACUCCUGUUCUUGGCUGCAGGAUUAGCAGAGCGCUGGAGCCAGAGGCAGUUAAGGAUGAGUUUAUCACGAGCAGAGUGAACUGGGUGGUCCAGAGCUCUGCAGUGGACUACCUACAUCUGAUGCUGGUGGCUAUGAAGUGGCUCUUUGAGCAGUACGACAUUGACGGCCGUUUCUGCAUCAGCAUCCACGACGAGGUGCGGUACCUCGUCCGCAGCGAGGACCGUUACAGAGCAGCGCUGGCACUUCAGAUCACAAAUGUGCUUACGAGGAGUGUGUUCGCCCAUGCAUUAGCCAUGCAGGACCUUCCCCAAUCAGUAGCUUUCUUCAGUGCAGUGGACAUUGACCAGUGUCUGAGGAAGGAGGUCAACAUGGACUGCGUGACCCCCUCCAACCCCACAGGGCUGGAAAGAAAAUACGGCCUACCGCCUGGUGAGGCCUUGGACGUGUACCAAAUCAUCAACAUCACCAAAGGCUCUCUGAACAAAGGAAGAUAGCAGCUUCUGGGCCGAG